GACCCUGGACGAUAGUCGUCAGGCUCGUAUGUCUGAAGGAGGACGUUUCUGGGAGCGUUCAGAAAGCAACAUUCCUGGCGAAGACAGAGUAACAACAACACUCACCCCACCAUCCUCGUGACGUCACAAGCACCUACCUCUCCCUCUUAACAGAAGCUUUCCUCAAGAUGGGAGCGGAGGAACCGGAAAAGAAUGAUGGGGGUCAGAAGCCUGAGGGGGACAAGAAGGGGCCCUCCCCCUUCACCAAGAAAAUGAUGAAGAUGAUGACGGUCAUGGCGUACAUUUCUGGUGUUUCGGGAGCUGGGUUCCUGCUUUCUCUCUACUAUAUCAUUUUCUGGGACCCCAACAUUCAAGGGGUGCGCCCCCCUGGGUACCUGAAGACCGGAGAGAUGGUAGGACUCCCACAGCCACGCGUUGCUUCCAUGCCCCAGGCCCUGGUGGCUGCUCCUCCUUCUGAUCACAGGAGAAUGUCUAGGGAAUAUAUGGAGGCCUACUUCAGAAAUCUCACUGCCGAUACAGGAGAAACCCGCAUGGCGGCCGAGAACAACUUGUUAGAGCCCAAGCCGACCCCCUACGCUCUGCCGGUCAUUCCCGAAACCAACCACCACCACAGUUCUCAUCAGCCCCACCACAACGGGCAAGCGACUCUGUCCAACAACAAUCACCAGUCCUCCGGACCAUCACCACAGCAGGGCAAGCACCGAGAGGCCUCUCCGACGGACGGGUCUUCCUCCUCCUUCUACGACGACUUCCGACAGCAGCAGCAGCAACAACAACAGCAUCAGCAGCAUCAGCAGCAGCGCGGGCAGCCGCCUCUGUCCACGUCAGCUUGAGUGAUCUUUUACCCCAUAGUCACCUGACCUCACCCGAUAUUAGCAUUACGUGACCCUCACUGACCUGAGGUCAUCGCACUGUCGAACCUGCUUUUAACUUCUCAUGUUGUUAAAAUAAAGUUUAGGUAGAAAAACAAAAAACAAACAGUAGUGAUCACAGGUUAUGAUGCUUACGACUUCGAGAGAACGAUCUCGGAUUCUUCCACUUUCAUAUUUGCGAUUCGUUGGGUUGUGAUGAUGACGCGCAUGCGCAAUGAGAAGAGGUGGUGGUGGUGAUGAUGAUGAUGAUGAUGAUGAAGGUGGGAAUGACGAACGAGGAAGCUGAAGUUGGAUGAUGAAGAUGAUGAGCCGUUGUAAAUAAAGAGGAAGAGGUCACGCCUUUGAAGUUACGCGUAACUUUCGUAAUUUUUGAUAAAAAGAACUUGAGAAUGUCACCGGAGAAUCAUCGGCCAAGGAAGGGCUUGGAAUUCUGCUUCUCCGGUGUCUCGAGGUCCUAAGGAUACCACAUAUAUAGAUUUUUUGAGGUUAUUUUGUACUGUUACUGGAAAUGGUUACAUGUAUAGAUUUCAACUUUAUAAUUAAAUAUAUAUAUAUACACAAUAGAA